ACCUUGGCAAGUCAAAAGGCCCCGUAGUGAAGUGUUAAAACGGAAGAGCCACAAGUUUCUCUUGCUAGAGCUAAGGAGAAUGACUUCCUUUCUAGCAAGCAAGAACUUUCUUCAAACCCCUGAGGGAAUGGGGGCUUUUGUCUAAAUGCCAGACCUUGAGAGAAAGGCUUUCUAGGACGACCAGACUCGUAGGAACUAAAUAAACUCAACCACGCUUCCUGCUUAACCAGGGACUGCUUUUCAUUUGGAGUUCUUCCUCUGCUGAAAAUCCUUUUAGAAACUGAAAAUUGAUUGAAUGUUGGACACCUGUCAGUCACAGUUUUUGGUGCUUGGGAUAGAGCAGUGAAGAGAAGAACCAGCCCCUCAGCUACCAUGACACUCACAUCACUGUGGACCAGAUAAUAGACAAACUCAGCCUGCUCAGGCCGCCCCUUCCCAAAAGAAGAGGAAAUGACGGAGUCCAAGGGAACAGUGACAUUCAAAGAUGUGGCUAUAGAUUUCACCGCAGAAGAAUGGGAGCGAUUGGACCCUACUCAGAGGAGCCUGUACCGGAGCGUGAUGCUAGAGAACUACAGCAACCUUGUCACAGUGGGCUCUCCACUCACCAAACCUGAGGUGAUUUUCAAGUUGGAACAAGAGGAAGCACCAUGCGUGGUGGAGAAAGAAGUAUUAAAGAGAUACUGUCCAGGAGAAAAUUGGGAAGUUGAUGAGCACAAGAAAACCCAGAACAAACUCUUGAGACAAAUUUUCAAGGAAACAGUGACUGAUGAAGCCAGUGAAUGUCCUAAGAAAUUUGCAAAUGCAUUUCCUCCAAAUGCAGAUUCCAUCCCUUCCAGACACAAUCUCUGUGAACAUGACUGCUUUGGAAAGUGUUUAGAACACAGUCUUGAUGACCAUAAUAAUGCAAAAUGCCCAAUAACAGAGGAACAUUUUGAAUAUGAUGAUGCUAUGAAAUCAUUUAAUAAUAGCUCACCCUAUUUUGUAGUGACCCCCUUUAAGUGUAACCAUUGUGGAAAAGGCUUUAGUCAAACCUUGGACCUUAUUAGACACUUGAGAAUUCAUACUGGUGGGAAACUCUAUGAAUGCCACCAGUGUGGAAAAGGAUUUAGCCUCAAGGAAAAUCUUAUUAAUCAUCAUAAACUUCACAGUAGGGAGCAGUGUUAUGAGUGUAAUGAAUGUGGUAAAACUUUCAUUAAAAUGUCAAAUCUCAUUAGACAUCAAAGAAUUCAUACUGGAGAGAAACCGUAUGCAUGCAAGGAAUGUGGGAAAUCCUUCAGCCAGAAAUCUAAUCUCAUUGAUCAUGAAAAAAUUCAUACGGGUGAGAAACCCUAUGAAUGCAAUGAAUGUGAAAAAUCCUUCAGCCAAAAACAAAGCCUCAUUGCACAUCAAAAAGUUCACACUGGGUAGAAGCCGUAUGCAUGCAAUGAAUGUGGUAAAGCCUUCCCUCGAGUUGCUUCCCUUGCUCUUCAUAUGAGAAGUCAUACAGGAGAAAAACCUUAUAAAUGUGAUAGAUGUGGAAAAUCCUUUUCUCAGUUUUCCAUGCUUAUUAUACACGUGAGAAUCCACACAGGUGAGAAGCCCUACGAAUGCAAUGAGUGUGGAAAAGCCUUCUCCCAAAACUCAGCGCUCACUGUGCAUAUUAGAAGUCACACGGGAGAAAAACCCUAUGAAUGUAAGGAAUGUAGAAAAUCCUUCAGCCAUAAGAAAAACUUCAUUACACACCAGAAAAUUCACACCAGAGAGAAACCUUAUGGAUGUAGUGAAUGUGGGAAAGCUUUCAUUCAGAUGUCAAAUCUUGUUAGGCACCAGAGAAUUCAUACCGGAGAAAAACCUUAUAUAUGUAAGGAAUGUGGCAAAGCUUUUAGCCAGAAAUCAAAUCUCAUUGCUCAUGAAAAAAUUCAUUCUGGAGAGAAACCCUAUGAAUGUAAUGAGUGUGGGAAAGCCUUCAGCCAGAAACAAAACUUUAUUACACAUCAGAAAGUUCAUACUGGAGAGAAACCUUAUGAUUGUAAUAAAUGUGGCAAAGCCUUUUCUCAGAUUGCAUCCCUUACUCUUCAUUUGAGAAGUCACACAGGAGAAAAGCCUUAUGAAUGUGAUAAGUGUGGGAAAGCCUUCUCUCAGUGCUCAUUGCUUAAUUUACAUAUGAGGAGUCACACGGGUGAGAAGCCUUAUGUAUGUAAUGAAUGUGGGAAGGCCUUCUCUCAAAGAACUUCCCUUAUUGUGCAUAUGAGAGGCCAUACUGGUGAGAAACCCUACGAAUGUAACAAGUGUGGAAAAGCCUUCUCCCAGAGCUCAUCCCUUACCAUCCACAUACGAGGUCACACGGGCGAGAAGCCCUUCGACUGCAGCAAAUGUGGAAAAGCCUUCUCUCAGAUCUCAUCUCUGACUCUUCAUAUGAGGAAGCACACGGGAGAAAAGCCCUAUAACUGUAUCGAGUGUGGCAAAGCUUUCAGCCAAAAGUCACACCUUGUUAGACACCAGAGAAUCCACACUCACUAGAAUCUCCCUGAACACUGAGUGUAGGAACUGCCUUCCAAUGAAAUGAACACCUUCUAGUACACUACAUGAUCCAUUCUAGGGCAGAGAGCUAUGAGUAUAGGAAAGCCUUGUGAAGAACCCACAUAUUUAUUAGAGAAUUCUCAGUGAGACCACCAAUUGUAUGAGGAAACUGACUGAGGAACUGUGAAUAAACUAAUUGAUAUCUAAUCUGUAUUCUCGUUCAAAUCUGAAAGUAUCUGCUGAGUAUCAACAUACUUGAGCUCCUUGUAUGAAGCAAGAUAAGAAGAUAAGCAAGAUAAGAAACAACCUUUGGUAGGCAAUAUGAGACUAUGAAAAAGUAGGUUUUGUACAAGAACGUGUCAAUAAGAAAAUCAGUAAUUGGGUGGCAUGUCUACAAAGUUCCAAAACUUGCUGAUGGUUACAAAAGAAUGCCUGAAAACUCGAGUUAGCAAAUUAUAAAAAUACAAGUACUCUUCCAAAUUUCUACCUCUGUUAGACAUCUACCCAAAAUUUACACAUUGGUUGUAAAGAAAUUCAUAAACUGGUUUCAGAGUAAUACAACAAGGCAAAGGACAAAAAAUAAGAACCAAACAUUUUUUUUGACAAAAUAACUAGGGAAGAUGCUCAAUACUAGAUAUCAUUACAUUAUUUAAAGUUUUUCUCAUUUAAAUUCUUUCAAGUGAAUAAGCAAACUAUCAGAAACAAAUUGAGGAUUAGCAGAGAAAUUCAAGACUUGGCCAUUUUGUGUGUGGGUAGUGCUACUGAAAUCAUUGGAAUGAGUCUAGCCUAUUCAAUAUGUGUAAAAUUCAUAUUACCUAAACAUGUUACUCCUCAACCAUACAUAUAUGACUCAGCUCAUAGGGUGCUUGCUGCCAAGCCUGAUCCCUGACUUUGAUCCCUAGAAUCCACAUGGUGGAAGGAGAGAACUGACUCCCAUAGUUGUCCUCUGACCUCUAAUGGCAUGCCUUGUCAUGUAUGUCCACACACACACACACACACACACACACAAUCCAAAUAGAUAAAAUCCUAAAACUAUGAUGGAAAUAAAGCAGAAUAUGUCACUUUAGAGUAAGAGUAUCAAAAAUAACCCCACAAACAUGGAAUAGUCUAUUUACUUUUAGUGUGUAACCCAUGUUUGUAUACAAAGAGAAAUAUAUCAGUAUGUUCCCAGAAUCAUGGUUUGUAUUGCUCCAAAGUGUAACAUUUUCAUCAACAAAUAGAUCAGUAUGUUUAUUUCUAUGAUAGGAUACUAUACUGUAAAAUAUACAAAAUUCACAUGUAGUUACAUGGAUAGGCCACAAUAUUUUGAGAGGAAAAAGUAAAAUAUACAGUGAAUAAUGGUAUAAUAUUUGUAACUUAAUAAACCAGUUCAAAGAACAGUAAUACCAUUUAUGGUAUUGGUUGCCUUUGAGGAUGUAGAUGGGUUUUGUGGGAGUUGUUACAUUGACCUGUAAUACUUCUUUAAUAAAAGGAUGAAAGCAAAUA